AUGAACGGUACUUUAGAUAUGGCUCUUGAUGAGGGAGGGCGCGUUACGACCGCACGGAUGGGAACUACUUUUAGCAGUAGGAACCUUCGAAAUGCACCUUACGAACGGCAGCGUCCUCCGAAAGGCAAUAUUGAUGAGCAGUGGUCCCAUGACCUUUUCGAGGAUGCUCGUUUUAAGGAGGGUCGUCAGAAUGUUCGUCGAACAUUAAAUUCAAACAGCAAUACAAAAUUGACCGUUGAAAACUUAUUUUAUGAAGUGACUGAAGAUGACCUCGAGGAACUUUUUUCUGAAUGUGGUCCUGUUAAGAAAGUUAUUUUGCAUUAUGAUCGUGCUGGACGAAGUACAGGUAACGCAGAAGUUACGUUUGAUGAUCCAAAGGAUGCUGAAGCAGCACUUAGAAAAUAUAAUGGGCAGACUCUUGAUGGACAACAAAUGAGAAUCAAAUAUGCAUCCGUCAAACCUAUACAAAAGGUAUCAAGUAUGCGUGGAUCAUCUGCUGCCGAAGGUGGUUCCAUUUUGGAUCGCCUUGGUGGUGUUGCUCGCAGUGGAUUAGUGCUUGGACGAAGUGUAAACAAUGAUACAGUGUCUCGUGGGCGUGGAAACAAGAUUUCAGAUGGUCGUCGGAAACCAACAAGUCGCAAGCCGGUUACGUCUGAUGAUUUAGACGCCGAUUUAGAUGCCUAUAUGGCUAUUGAUAGUGGAACAUCCGUGGAAAAAAAUACAUUAGCUAUUUCAAACGGAGAAAAUGGGAUGGAUUUAUCAUAG